CAGAAACGUCAAAGUAGCGAACGUGAAAGUUGAACAGCUGCUUUUUAUUGAUGCACGUCGCAACGACGGAACAAGCAGAUUGGGAGCAGAAUUUCUCCAGGAUCGAAGAUCAUGGACUUGUUGCCGAGUGAACAGUUUCUUAUGAAGAUAAAAACCGAAGUUGAAGAGGUAUUCCCAAAUGAUGAAGUUUUGCUCAAGCAAGAACCAAUUUCUGGAAUCGAUUCCAUUCUGGUGAAAAAAGAACUCCUUGUGGAAGAUGUAAAAACGGAACCACCAGAUGUCGUCCCCGAGGGAUUCGUUAUAACUGUGAAAAACGAACCAGACAUCUUAACGCCAUCGACAGCCUUCGAGUCCGUAACCAAACAAGAACCCAUCUUCCAAAGCUCUCCCGACCUGAACUGCUUCAAGUGCGACAAAUCGUUCGUCACGCUGGAUGCGUACCACCUCCACUGCGUGAAGCAUACCAAGCAGGUUCGCGGCUCGUACUGUUGCCGUUACUGCCAGAGGGUCUUUCCGUGGCACAGCGAGCUGGUGCGGCAUCAGGAGCUUUGCGCGCAGGACGUUUCGCCCCGGCUGGAAAUGAUCCAGGACGGGGACCUCUUUAUCUGCCCAAAGUGCUUCAAGUCGUUUGCGAUUCGAGACUUUUGUAUUCUGCACAUCAAACGACACACGCGAGAGGUUAAACGGAAACGACAGCUGGAGGAUGAGCCCGCUGAAGAAGGGAGGAUGACCGAGAGGAUAUUAAAGUGUUCCGAAUGUUACAAGCAGUUUAAAAGUAAGGCGAGCUUUGAGCGACACUCGAGCGUGCAUCGCGAAGCAAAGUUGGGACUUUACAGGUGCAAGAUUUGUGGAAUGGAUAACGAGUCAAACUACGAGCUGACGAAUCACUCGCUGAAGGUGCACGGUAAGUUUCAAAUGGCGCCAGCGUCGACAAAGAGUACCAAGUCUGAAACCAUUGGUAGGAAAAAGAAGCCAGCGAUUGAAAUUAAAAAACUUAUCAAGCAAUAAAUAUAGAAAUUCAAAAAA